UGUCUCAAGAAGUUCAGUUUGUAAGAGUAUUUGGCAGGUGCUAAAAGCUUUAGACCGCCGCUUGAAUACUGUGGUAUUCCCUACAUCGGAGAGAGAACUGGUCCAAGUGAAACAAAUUUUUUUUGGUAUAGCCGGAAUUCCAAAUGUGAUUGGAACAGUGGAUUGCACACACAUCGCCAUGUUAGCUCCAAGGGAGAGAGAAGACAUAUAUGUGUGUCGGAAAGGAUACCAUUCCAUUAAUGUACAAGCUGUUGUAGAUGCAAACAUGACAUUCACUAACAUUGUGGCAAAGUGGCCGGGAUCCACACAUGACAGUGUAAUCUUUGACAACUGUAGCUUGAAGGACUGGCUGGUGGAUGGAAGCAAAGGAUGGCUACUAGGAGACUCUGGCUAUGGACUGAAACCAUAUCUUCUUACUCCAAAGCUGAAUCCAAUGAUCAGAGCUGAGAUCGCGUUCAACUUGGCCCACAGUCGUUCGAGGAUGGUAGUAGAGAGGGCGUUUGGACUGUUGAAGUCACGUUUUAGGUGUCUUCACAAAACUGGAGGCUAUCUACAAUUUUCGCCUCAGAAGAUAGCUCUGGUUGUGACUGUAUGUGCCAAGCUGCACAAUCUGUGUCUGAGUGAUGGUUUCCUUGACAUUGAUGACAUUGACGUAGAAGAUGAUGAUGACAAUGUACAACUGCCACUGGAAAACCCUGACCUGAAUGCGUUGCAUGCACGGGCCUUACUGAUUGAGAGAUUUCACUAA